CCAAAUGAUCGCGACAAAGCCUAAGUGAAAGCAACCGACAUCAUUAUAUAUUUUUUUGCGACAGCAACUAUUCUUGAACUAAUGUCUGCCAUGUCUACCUCAGUUAAUUUUCCAGAACCCGAACAUUCCGGACUGUUAAAGUUUUCAUCUGCUGCGUUCUACGCUGUCAGUUCUUUUUUGAUCAUUGUUGUGAACAAAACGAUUCUCACAAACUACAGAUUUCCCUCCUACAUGUUUCUAGGAAUUGGCCAGAUGACUACUACAAUCCUCAUUCUCUAUUUUGCUAAAAUGAACCAAACAGUUCACUUCCAAGACUUUGACAGAAGUGUUCUCGUCAAAAUCUUCCCCCUACCUUUGCUGUAUGUUGGAAACCACAUAACAGGACUGGCUAGUACAAAGAAGUUAAGCUUACCCAUGUUCACGGUAUUAAGGAAGUUCACCAUAUUGAUGACAAUGAUCAUGGAAGCAAGGCUAUUGAGAAAAACAUUCCCUAAUCGUCUUGUCUACAGUGUUCUGGCCAUAGUUUUUGGAGCUUUGGUGGCUGCCAGCUCUGACUUGGCCUUUGAUGCAGAGGGCUACACGUUCAUUCUGCUUAAUGAUGUCUUCACUGCUGCCAGUGGUGUGUACACCAAGAAGAAGCUGGGAACUGAGGGCCUUGGAAAAUAUGGGAUCUUAUUUUACAAUGCAUUCAUCAUCGUCAUCCCAACUCUUCUGGCAAGUGCAUUUACUGGGGAUUUACACAAGGCCAUCACAUAUGAAUACUGGUUGAAUGCCCCCUUUGUUUCCUGCUUCCUUAUUUCCUGCCUCAUGGGGUUUGUGCUGAUGUAUUCCAUAGUGCUAUGUAGCCACUACAACUCUGCACUGACCACCACGGUGGUGGGAGCAAUUAAGAACGUUGCUGUUGCCUACAUCGGCAUGUUUUUAGGUGGAGACUACCUGUUUUCAUGGACCAACUUCCUGGGGUUAAAUAUUUGUAUAUCAGGGGGACUUGUGUAUUCCUACCUGACGUUCCACAGCAGCAGCAAACCAUCCCAAAGCGAUGAAAGCGGAAUACAGGGAAACCAGGACCAGCUGAUCAUUCCCAUGAUGGAAGAUUCCAUAGACAGACUCCCUGUGAAAUAA